AUGAAGGAUUUUAAUCCAUUAAAAGAUUUAAAAAGAGUCUUAGUCAGCUAAGUGUAAUUGGUAAUAGCUUUGGGUCAUUGCAAAAUAAGCUUAGAUGAGCUUGAUAUUGAUCCGUCUGUGUGGAUUAAAAGAAGCUUAUUUAAUGAAUAUAAUGUAAUUGUUAAUUCAAAUUAGAAAGAGUUUAUUAAAGUACUAAAAAAAAUGAUUAGCAACAAUUUAGACAAAUUCAAAAUUGAAUUAAUAUGGCAAAAUUAGCUACUUUGCAGAUUAUCUAAUGUUUUCAUAUAUUAACGACUUGAUUUUAGUGCUAUUUCAUUAAAGGCAAUUAGCCUAGUUGGUUGA